UUUCAGAUUCCAGAUCUGGUCCUGUGGGCGUCAGUAUCACACAGUGAUCACAGUUCACAUCUGCAGUGAAGCCCCUCCCACAACAAUUCACCAAUAAAUACUGGGAAUAUUCCCAUCAUCCUACAAGAGAAGCACAAACUCCAGGAGUAGCAGCUGAAAUCUGUGUGACUGUUAAAGAUGGAGUUUAUUAAAGAGGAGAUUGAAGACAUGACUGAUCCAGAACCAUCCAGAAUAAAACAUGAAGAUACUGAGGAACAAAUAGAUCAGAUGGAAAUAACAGAGCUAAGAGAAGAACUGAAUGAAGUAAAGAAACACUGUGACUUCAAAACUCAAGGAACAAAAGCCAAUAAGCUGCACUCCUGCGCUCAGUGUGGAAAGAGUUUCAGACAAAAAGGAAACCUUAAGACACACAUGAGAAUUCACACUGGAGAGAAACCGUAUCCAUGCACUCAGUGUGGAAAGAGUUUCAUAUCUUCAUACAAGUAUCAUCUGCAUAUUCACUCUGGAGAAAAACCAUUUAACUGUGAUCAGUGUGGUAAAGAGUUUAUUUCGUCGUCACAUUUAAAAUCACACCUGAAAGUUCAUUCAGAUGAGAAGCCUUAUGUGUGUUCUCUCUGUGGAAAGAGUUUUUCACGACUGCUCACUUGUAAACGGCACCAGAAAACACAUGAUGAAGUGAGAGAUCAUGUGUGUUGUGACUGUGGGAAGAGCUUUACUAGAUCUAGUCAUCUGAAACGGCACCAGAGGAUUCAUACUGGAGAAAAACCUCACAAGUGCUCAUAUUGUGACAAGAGUUUCUCUAAGUCUGGAUCUCUGAAAUCACACGAGCGUUUUCAUACUGGAGAGAAGCCGUACUACUGCACUCAGUGUGGAGAGAGUUUUAAACAUUUAUCAAGCCUUCAUGCUCAUAUGAAAAACUGUUGCAAACACCUGGCGACUGGUGACUCCUAUCACUCUCUCUCCUACCGCUUCCGAGUGGGCUGGAGCACUGUAUCUCUCAUUGUGCCUGAGGUGGCCAAGGUUAUCUGGGAGGAGCUAGUGGAUGUCUACAUGCCUGUGCCAAAGGAGAGUGAUUGGCAGGAUAUUGCAGAGCAGUUCCGGGUCAACCGUGACUUCCCCAAUUGCAUAGGGGCCAUUGAUGGGAAGCAUGUGAGCAUAGGCGUCGAUUUCGGUGGGGACGAUGCCAACCUCUGCUUCCGAAUUAUUGAUGUGGGUGCCUAUGGUCGCGGGAGUGAUGGAGGCACACUGAGGGAGUCUGCCUUUGGUCGCGCUCUCCAGGAAGGCACCUUGGGAGUCCCACCAGAUGCCAUCAUCCCUGGAGCAGAGGAUCUCGGGCCACUUCCUUACACAUUUGUGGGGGACGAAGCCUUCCCGUUGCGCCGUCACCUGAUGCGUCCAUAUCCUGGAAGGAACCUCUGCAGACGCCGUCGGAUGUUCAACUAUCGCAUGUCUCGGACAAGAAUGGUAGUAGAGCAAGCCUUCGGUGUGCUGGCAGCCAGGUUCAGGAUCUACCAUCGAGUGAUGUGGCAGCAUCCACACAAUGUGGAGGUGUGCGUGAAGGCAACCUGUGUCCUCCACAACCUUCUUCGCCGUGAUGCCCCAACACGCCCCUAUAGACCAAGGGAGAAUCGAGCGCCCAACCCACCCCCCAGUGUUGUCUUGCCCAGUGUCUUCCGACAAGGUGCCAAUAAUUCCAGCGCGGAGGCUGUUCGUGUCAGAGAGGCCUACACAACCUACUUUUCCUCUGAGGUGGGAGAUCAGAUGGGAAUAACAGAGCUAAGAGAAGAACUGAAUGAAGUAAAGAAACACUGUGACUUCAAAACUCAAGGAACAAAAGCCAAAAAGCGGCCCUCCUGCUCACAGUGUGGAAAGAGUUACCAAAAUCAACGAAACCUUAAUGUGCACAUGAGAAUUCACACUGGAGAGAAACCCUAUACAUGCACUCAGUGUGGAAAGAGUUUCAUAUCUUCAUACAUACUCAAAAUUCAUCUGCGUAUUCACUCUGGAGAAAAACCAUUUAACUGUGAUCAGUGUGGUAAAGAGUUUAUUUCAUCAUCAAAUCUAAAAUCACACCUGAAAGUUCAUUCAGACGAGAGGCCUUAUGCGUGUUCUCUCUGUGGAAAGAGUUUUUCAAGACUGAACGGUUUUAAACUGCACCAGCAAACACAUAAUGAAGUGAAAGAUCAUGUGUGUUGUUACUGUGGGAAGAGCUUUACUAGAGCUGGCCAACUUAAACUGCACCAAAGAAUUCAUACUGGGGAAAAACCUUACAAGUGCUCAUAUUGUGACAAGAGUUUCACUCAGUCUGGAUCUCUGAAAUCACACAAGCGAGUUCAUACUGGAGAGAAGCCGUACUACUGUAUUCAGUGUGAGAAGAGUUUCAAAGAUUCAACAGGUUUGAGACAACAUCUGCGCAUUCAUUCUGGAGAAAAACCAUUUAACUGUGAUCAGUGUGGUAAAGAGUUUAUUUUGUCAUCACAUCUAAAAUCACACUUGAAAGUUCAUUCAGAUGAGAAGCCUUAUGUGUGUUCUCUCUGUGGACAGAGUUUUUCAAGACUGAACCGUUUAAAACAUCACCAGAAAACACAUAAUGAAGUGAGAGAUCAUGUGUGUUGUGACUGUGGGAAGAGCUUUACUAGAGCUGAUCAUCUGAAUCGGCACCAAAGAAUUCAUUCUGGAGAAAAACCUUACAAGUGCUCAUAUUGUGACAAGAGUUUCGCUCAGUCUGGACACCUGAAAGAACACGAGCGAGUUCAUACUGGAGAGAAGCCAUUCCAGUGUACUCGGUGUGGGAAGAGUUUCAGACAUUUAUCAAACAUUCAAACUCACAUGAAAAACUGUUGCAAGUGAUCAACAUUCAAUUCUAUAUCAAAUACAUGCAGGUAAAAUCUGCUAGAUAAAAUACUGAGAUUGUCUAUUU